AUGCCCCCCACGCCCCCGGGCCCGCUGGGCGACUGCCUGCGGGACUGGGAGGAGCUGCAGCAGGACUUCCAGGGCAUCCAGGAGACCCACCGGCUGUACCGUCUGAAGCUGGAAGAGCUGAUCAAACUGCAGAACAGUUGUACCAGCUCCAUCAGUCGGCAGAAGAAGAAGCUCCAUGAGCUGGCCCUCGUCCUAAAGAAAUGCAAACCCUCCCUCCCAGUGGGGGUCCAGGAGGCUUCGAAAGAGCUGGAGAACCAGAUCAAGGAGCGCCAAGGCCUCUUCUUCGACAUGGAAGCCUAUUUGCCCAAGAAGAAUGGGUUGUACCUGAGCCUGGUUCUGGGCAACGUCAACGUGACACUCCUGAGCAAGCAGGCUAAGUUUGCCUACAAAGAUGAGUACGAGAAGUUCAAGCUCUACCUCACCAUCAUCCUCAUCCUCAUCUCCUUCACUUGUCGCUUCCUCCUCAACUCCAGGGUAACAGACGCUGCCUUCAACUUCCUGCUGGUCUGGUAUUACUGCACACUGACCAUCCGAGAGAGCAUCCUCAUCAACAAUGGUUCUAGGAUCAAAGGCUGGUGGGUUUUCCAUCAUUACGUGUCCACGUUCCUGUCGGGAGUCAUGCUGACAUGGCCCGACGGCCUCAUGUAUCAGAAGUUCCGGAACCAGUUCCUGUCCUUCUCCAUGUACCAGAGCUUCGUGCAGUUCCUGCAGUAUUACUACCAGAGCGGCUGCCUGUACCGCCUUCGGGCUCUGGGCGAGAGGCACACCAUGGACCUCACUGUGGAGGGCUUCCAGUCCUGGAUGUGGCGCGGCCUCACCUUCCUGCUGCCCUUUCUUUUCUUUGGACAUUUCUGGCAGCUCUUUAAUGCGGUGACAUUGUUCAGCUUGGCCCGGGAUCCUGAGUGCAAGGAGUGGCAGGUGCUCAUGUGCGGCCUCCCCUUCCUCAUCCUCUUCCUUGGCAAUUUCUUCACCACCUUGCGGGUUGUGCACCAGAAAUUCCACAGUCAGCGGCACAGGAGCAAGAAGGAUUGA